AUGGAGGUCUACCUCGCUGCUGCAUCAUCGUCGCCGCCACCCACCGAGAGCGCGUCUAAGCACAGUCACCUCACGGAUCGUGACCGAUCGGAGUACCGCUGCUGCGACACGGGCAGCCGCCUCCCGCUCGGCUUGCAGCUUGGCCUCUUCCUCCUGACGCUGGCGCUCCCGGCGCGCGAGCGUCUGCAACCGGUACUUCUCAAUGAUCGACUGGUCUUGCUGCUGCGCGGCGGCGGCGGCUUGCGCGAGUCGCGCAGCCUCGUCGGCUUGCGCUUGUGCUUCGCGGGCCGCCGCGUCGCGCGCUUCAGCCUCGCGCUCCGCGCCCUCGCCCAGAGUGCGCUGUGUCGCAAGCGCAUCAAGUUCCUCCUGCGCCUGUCGCGCACGCUCUAUCUGGGCUUCGUGGACCAAGCGCGCCCGCUCCUCUUCUUCUGCCAUCGCUUGCCGAUCGGCUUCGGCACGUCGCGCAUCGUCCGCCGCCGCCUGUCGGGCAGCAGCACGGUCGGCUGCUACCUGGGCCUCGCGAGCUUGACGUUCGGAUUCUGCACGAGCCUCCUCAUCCUCGCGAGCCUCGCGCUCGGCUGCUUCUUGGGCCUCUAG